UCCAUUAACAGUACUGUCUGGUUAUCAUUAAGAAUUACCUGAUGAACUCUUUCCUAGAGUCUCAGAGGUAUAAACGAGUAAGAGCUGCAAUCAGACCAUCCAACACAUCUGUUUCAGGGUGGAGUUUUAAUUUUUUGAUGUCAUCAUGAAGAGCAGGAUACCUCUCAUUCUUCUGGCUUGUGGAUCCUUUAACCCCAUCACAAACAUGCAUAUGCGUUUGUUUGAGCUGGCUAGAGAUCACCUGCACCAAACAGGAAGGUAUCAGGUGAUUGAAGGCAUAAUGUCUCCUGUUAAUGAUGACUAUGGAAAGAAAGGCUUGGUUUCAGCAAGGCACCGGAUAGCAAUGGCUAAACGAGCACUGAAGACAUCUGAUUGGAUUCGAGUUGAUCCAUGGGAGAGUGAGCAGGAGACAUGGACAGAGACAGUAGAAGUAUUGCGGCACCAUUACAAUGAAUCACUCAGAUUGCUCCAGUCCAAGAAGGAAUGCAUGAAAAACAAACGGCCCACAGAAAGAUCUACAGAGGAUUACCUUUCUUCCCAGCACUCAGUUCUACCAGAAUUAAAGCUGCUUUGUGGGGCUGAUUUUCUACAGACAUUUAAGACACCCAAUCUCUGGAAGGAAGAACACAUCAAAGAAAUCGUGGAAAAGUUUGGUUUGUUACCUAAAGUAAGGAUGCCUGCAGAUUUCAACGGUUACUGGAAAAUGGUCAGCAACGACAAUUUCGAGGAGUACCUGAAAGCACUGGAUGUAAAUGUUGCUGUAAGAAAAAUAGCAAACUUGCUAAAACCUGACAAAGAAAUCCUUCAGAAUGGGGAUCAUAUGAUCAUUAAAACGCUAAGCACUUUUAGAAACUACAUCAUGGAAUUUGAUGUAGGAAAGGAGUUUGAGGAGGAUUUAGCUGGGGUGGAUGAUCGCAAAUGCAUGACCACCGUAUCCUGGGAUGGAGAUAAGCUUCUUUGUGUACAGAAUGGAGAAAAAGAAGGUCGUGGUUGGACCCAGUGGAUUGAAGGAGAUGAAAUGCACCUGGAAAUAAGAGUUUGUGGAGUCAAGUGUAAGCAGGUCUUUAAGAAGGUACAGUGAGCCUACUGCUGAUACAGAAGUGAAGAACAGUAGAAUUUACACACUUACCACUAAAUCUCCAAAUACUAGUAAUGAACAUCCCCAGUGUCAAAAGCAAACACAGAAAUGAAGAUCACAUUAGAACUGUAUAGUUAGAAUAAAAUAUUUUUAACAAAUCAUUUUAAAGAAAUAAGUACAAAUAAAACUAUUUUUAGAAAUGCCAAUUAAAGAUACUAAACACUAUAAA